AUGAUGGCAUCAAGUCAACAUGACCCCGAUCGUCCAGACGCGCUCUUGAUUGCCGAGGACUGCCUCUCACCGAGUGCUGAGGGCCAUGAACACUACCAUCUCUACUCUGUUGAGCGACGAGAGGUGCGCCAGCUUGCAUGCCGAGUCAACUUCGUCGAUUCUCGUGACACUCCUCCUCGCUACUGCUUGCUGACCCGACCCGAUGAAUGCGCCGCCGCCUAUCUUGCCACCUCUGCCCCCCUUAGUCCAACAUUGAGCACACCCCUGCCGCAGAUCGGCCUUGGCAUCGCACCACUUCAUCUCUCACAUCUCUUUGAUUCUGGGGACGUGCAUUUAUGGGUGUGCAGGGCCACGUACCGCACCACGUCGACGGCAGCCAUAGCCAUCGAUGAGGAUGACGAUGGUGACUCCACGAGUGGAGUCGUUGAUGAGACGCGCGCCUCCUCGCGCGCAGAAAGCAUCACCACCGACGAAGAUAGUCGCAUGCAUCCCGUGCUAGAUCACCUCGAUGGUCUCCUGAACGUGGGCGAUAGCUGUAUGUAUGUGUUUUCCAACGCAGACAACUCCACCCUCAACGAGUCGGCUACGGAGCUACCGCGCAACAGCUACCUGGCUUUGAUUCGCCAUGAUGAGACGGAUCAAUGGGCGUUACUGGGCAUGGAAUUAGCCACCCCCGGCUCUGGGGAUAUUCUGCAGGUGGACGUUGUAUUUGCCGUCGACCACACCUGUGAUAUCGUUCUUGAUGGAGACGGUGGCUUGGUCUAUCAGUCACAACAAGGAAAAGAGCAACGCUUCAUGCCUUUUCGCCCUGCCUCCAUUCGAAAUCUCUGGGAUGCGCUCCAAGCCAUUCUCAAGAUCCGCGAAGGCUCGGGUCGUGAUCAUAGCGACUGGAUCUGGCUCGAAUUUUAUCGCAACAAAAUCAACGACACUCAACAGCAGCUCCAACGUUGGACUCACAUCGUUCCCUCCCGCACCUCGGAACUUCAGCUGAUUCGCAAGCAGCAAGCUGGAGCUCUUCAAAGGGACAAGGGGCCGCAUCUUGACUCGGAGCUGGAGCAGCGUAUCAUCAGCAAGCUGAAGGAGAUCAUGUUCAAAAGCGAUUUGGAUACCAUCACCAGCAAGCAGCUACGGCUCCAAUUAGAAGCUGAGUUUGACAUGGACUUGAAGAAGUAUCGCAAAAUCAUUGAUCAGCAAAUGAUCACCGUCAUGGGCCAGAUGGAGCCCUCCUCCAAGAUUUUCGACUACCUUUAUCUCGGCACGGAAUGGAACGCCAGCAAUUGGGAGGAGCUGAGUCGCAACAAUUGUCAGUACAUCAUCAACGUCACCUGUGAGAUUGAAAACUUUUUUCCCGACAAAAUCAAAUACUGUAACAUUCGCGUCUGGGAUGUGCCAACCACAACUAUCUGGCCCAACUGGAAUCGUACCUACGACUUCAUCCGCCAAGCAAGAAAAGCCGGCUCCUCUGUUCUUGUUCACUGCAAGAUGGGCGUCAGUCGCAGCGCGUCAACGGUCAUUGCCUACGCCAUGAAGCAAUACUCUUGGUCGCUCGAAGAAGCACAUGCUUUUGUCAAGAAGCGGCGCCGAAUUAUCAAGCCCAACGAGGGCUUUCGCACUCAGCUCGUCAUGUACGAGGGCAUGCUGACUGCCCGGCGCUCCGGUGCCUUUGGUACCGAGCUCGACAUCAAGCCGCCGCCUCAUGCCCCCAUCCCUCUGAGUCAGCCCGUGACGCCCACAAUCAAAAAAGUGACACCGCCCGAUUCGCCCGUAUCCACGCCCCCCAGCACGCCUGCGCCCGAACUGCGAGCCUGGACGCUGGGCAACAGGGUGGCAGCGGAGAGGGGUUCUCAGGUAGCGCUCGAAGAUGCAGGCACGACGGAGAGAGAACGCGCAGGCUCAGAAACCUCGCCAAAACAAGCCGCCGCUGCCGACCCUGGUGAAAUGCCUGUCACAGAAGUGAGCGAAGAUAUUGCUUUCCGCAUCAAGAAAUACAGUCAAGCCGUCGGUGUGACGGCAACCCCACUACACUCUGGCAGUAGUGGCGACGCUGUUGCUGGAGGGGUGUCACGGAACCGACCACACUCGCUGCACUUUGAUCGUGAUGGCAACCCAACGGGGCGCGCUCGUGUCAGCACCAAUCCAGACCCCAAAGUCUCCGGCGCUGACUAUAAGCAUCGAACCUGGUCUGACCGUACACGCAGCACCUCGUUUGCGACCACACGCGACUUGGCAGACCGCUUUGCAACGCAAAUGGAGCAGAGCGUAAAUGAUUGCGCAUCAGCUCCAGCCCCACCCGAGGCGACAACAGCAGCAGCAGGUACAACAACAACAACAACAGCAACAGCAACAACAGCGUCGCCCUCAACCGCAUCAACAACCGUAGAGGCACAAGGAAAGUCGCAGCCAUCCGAUGAGCAAGCUGCUAGUCCAGCUGUCCAAUCUGUGCAACCAGCGCCCGAAGGUAAAACACUGGCCGCCGGUGCAGCUGGUGGGCAUGAAUUGCCUUCUCGGGGUCGAACACAGUCUUCAGGAGCCAGCGUCUCAGCCCUGCGCCCGUAUCGCUCCUCGCAAGACAAAAGUGAGUUGCCAAAGCCUCCGCGAGGCUUUCCGCGGCAGCACCAAGAGGGCAAAAGCUCUUCCUCUUUGGUUGCACUCGAUGGCUCUGCGACUGGUGCCGAGGCCAAGGCGGCCACAACGCGAGUCAGCUCGGCCCCAAACCCACAGCACGCAUCGACGGCAGAUGCAGUGCCGGCUGUAAACGCGAGCCCAGGCAGCUCGAAUGCUGGGCACUCGUUGCCUCGUUCAAAGUCGACAGCCUCUGUUACAUCCAUUGCUUCGGCGUAUGCAGAGACACAGGAGGCGUUUGAGCCACUGCGUUGGACCAGUAGUGAGGUGGUUGCUUGGCUCGAACAAGCGGGGCUUGCUGAAUACGGGCCUUUGUUUGCUCGCGAAGAGUUGCAGGGCUGUGACCUGCUUGACUUGUGUAAUGAUGAUCUUAAGUCCAUCGGCAUCAUGACUUUGCACGCGCGCAAACGCAUCUUACGUGCCUGUCGUGCGUUGACGGACGCGUGUGCCCCCGAUGCUGACACAUGCAUGACAAGCGCUGGUGCCAAUACGCCCGGUGCCAGUGCAUUUGGUCAAUCAUGA